AUGGCCGCAGCUACAGCAACCCCGGCGAAUGACCUAAAAUCUGCGCUUGCUUACAAACCGCAGCCUCUUAAGUUCGGUACUAGCGGUCGUCGCGGGGAAGUCAUUCACCUGACCCAGCUCGAGGUAUACACAAAUGUUGUCGCCGAGAUCCGAUAUCUGAAAUCACUUCCUCUGGCUGAAGGUGGCAUUGAAACUGGUGAUGAAUUCUUCUACGCCUACGACCGUCGUCCAAGUUCUAUCCAGCUCGACGAAAAUGGCCGAGGUGGCCUCAGUCAAGCGGUAGAACAGGCCCUGAGAGACACAGGCAUGGUUCCUGUCAGUCUAGGGCCGAUCCCUACUCCUGCUCUCACGUGCUGGGCUCUGCACAAGGGUAAGGGCAGCAUCAUGGUGACUGGAAGCCACAUCCCGUUCGAUCGCAACGGAUAUAAACUCAACACCUCCAAAGGCGAGCUCAUGAAGAAGGAUGAGCAACCCAUCAAUGACCAGGUCGCACGGUUCCGUGAAGAGAUCCUGUCAAAGCCUUUCGCUGAAAGUAUCUUUGAUGAACAGGGAGUUCUUCGCAAGAAGGAACCACUUUUAUCAAUCAUAGGGGAUGGGAGAGGAGCGUACAUCCAGCGAUAUCUAGAUUUCUUCAAGGGCGAGACUCUUGAGGGAAUGAAUCUGCUCGCAUAUCAACACUCAGCUGUCGGACGGGUUCUUUUGGUCGAGAUCUUUGAAGCACUGGGCGCCAAAGUCACUCCUGUUGGCCGAAGUGACACUUUCGUCCCAAUAGAUACCGAAGCCAUAGACCAAGCCCAGCUUGACACACUUCAAGAUCUUUGGAGCAAAUCUGGUCAACAGAAGAUAGAUGCUAUCAUCUCUACCGAUGGCGACAGCGAUCGUCCACUUAUUCUUGCUCCAGAGGGUGAUAAGCUUCGAUUUUUUGGUGGUGAUAUUUUGGGCAUGAUCGUUGCAGAGUUUCUCAACAUCGACUCGGCUGUCGUCCCGAUCAGCAGCAACGAUGCGAUAGAUCGCGGACCAUUAGCUGCUGUCACCGAGCCGAAGACCAAGAUCGGAAGUCCCUACGUGAUUUCUGGCAUGCAACGCGCCAUCUCCAAGGGUCGCAGCCGUGUCUGUGGAUGGGAAGCCAACGGUGGCUUCCUGACAGGUUGCGACCUCGAACGCAAUGGAAACGUGCUGACCGCCCUCCCAACCCGCGAUGCUUUUCUACCUCUCCUGUGCGCCCUGUUCGCAGCGAAGAAUCGCAAGAUAACACUACCAGAGCUUUUCGAUACGCUCCCUCGUCGGUUCAGCCGGGCCUCCCUCCUACGAAAAUUCCCUCGAGCCACAGCGUUGAAGAUCAUCCAGAAGUUCUCACCGUCCGAUCCCAACAUCCAGGACAUUACCUACGCGUCAGACGGCGUUUCGGCUCGAGACUUUGAGCAAGCAACGCUUGAGGUCAAAGAUCCCGAGAAGUUUCAACAGAUUCGCAGUGGGCUACAGACCGUCCUCUCCACAGAGUUUGGAUUCACCGAGAUCACUCGGAUUAUCUACACCGACGGGGUGCGCAUCCUUUUCAGCAAUGGCGAUGUUGCCCACGUCCGUCCAUCUGGGAACGCGGAUGAGCUGCGUAUCUACUCCGUUGCUGAUACGCAGGAGCGUGCCGAUUUCAUUGCCAGCCAGGGAGUUGCUGAGCCAGAUGGUUUUCUCAGACGCCUAGAGCGCAUGGUGUGA